GUCUCUUUGAGGAGUGGCACUGACGCUCAAUCCCCGGAACAACGCCACCAGCAAACAGCGAAGUGCAACGCCGAACUUUGACGUGUGUACUGAGGUGCUCUCUAUUGUAAAGAGCCGAGACUCAAUACCACCGACUGUCAUAAACAGAAAUAUUGCGAAUUUCCACAGACCGUCCCAAGACAAUGAACAGCAAAGUUCCUUAUCCCCAGCAAACUGCAUACCCUCAGCAGGCAACUGCGCCUCUCUAUCCUACGACUGCACAGGUUUCUCCUCAGGCACCCCCCUACUCCGACUCUCCCCCUACCUACUCCGAGAUCUACCAGCCCAGGUAUAUACACCCCCCCCAGGUACCAGGCCAGUUGCCACAGGUGUCAUCAGCGUACCCUGGUACUCAGAUGUUCGUACCCCUGACACAGUCUGCGCCUGUGGCCCCCAUGGCCCCCAGCAUACCGAUGGCCUACUACCCCAUGGGCCCUGUGUACCCCCCAGGUUCCACAGUGGUGGUAGAGGGGGGGUUUGACACCGGUGCUCGUUUUGGUGCUGGCAGUAGCCCUACCAUUCCACCUCCACCCCCGGGUCACCUGCCUAAUGCAGCUCAGCUGGCCACUAUGCAGGGCGCCAAUGUGGUGGUGACACAGCGCAAGAACAACUUCUUCAUGGGGGGCUCCAGCGGGGGCUACACGGUUUGGUAACAGUGACCCCCAUGCGUCCCCCUACCCUCCUCUGCCCCUCCAUCACAGCACCCCCGUCUCCACCAUCUUCUGUGGCCAUACUGUCGCCACACUGACAUUGCUUAACAGAAUAGAACAUUCUAGCGCCUAGAAGUACUCCAUUUUGGCAUAAGGCUCACCCCACCCCCACUGAAAUUUACUUUGCAGCAGGUGGGUUGCAAUGGUGGGGGGCUUAAAUAUUUGUACAGCAAACAGGAAGUUACAUCAUUUGGUAUCCUCUCUUUCUUUUGUACCAUUUUUAACCUACAAGGACAUUAAGGCCACAUUUGGGGAAAGCACUUAGUUAGUAUUGAGUAGUUCUGUUCCUGCCUAUUUACUUAUAUUGCUGCUGAGAACAUCAGUUCAGUAUUUUCAGUUAUACAGGUCUGUUUUUAUUUUUUUCCUCCAGUGACCUUCAGAGUAGACUUGUUAGGCUCAUAUCCCUUUUACCUCUUAGAUCCAAAAGCCCCCAAAUCAUGACGUGAUUCCCGGAUUGAGUGGGAUUGACCCCAGCUAAGGUCAGGCACAAAAUCCCCCAGAUAAAAAUGUCUCUUCCAGAUUGAGAACUCAGUCAAAAUUGGCAAGCCAAGGGCCAGAGGGUAUGAGAAAUGAGAAAUCUGGCAGCCAUCAGACUGACACUUUAAAUCAGAUUUUACCAGGUUUGUCUUCCUCAGUGUUCAGUGCUGAUCCUAGUACAGCUUAUUCACAGUCCCUUCUGUACAUUCUCUACAUCAUUUCCUGUCACAUCUUUGUGAUCCCUGUUUGCAAUGUUCAUUUCAGGUCUGAUUAUUAUUAUUGUUAUUAUUAUUGCUUGUUAGCUGUUAUAUUGCAACAUUAAUUUGAGGGAAAGGAACCAAUUUUACAGACAAAUCCUGUCCAGAGAUUCGGGUAUUUAUUUGAACCCAACUGAUAACGAGUAGGAGCUGUGGACCUGUUAAAACCAUAGGCUCAAACAAAUAAAAUCUUAACAGGCACUGUUACAGUGGCAUACUGUACCUUUUAGGGCAACUUUCAGAGGAACUUUAUGGGCUGCUGCAAUUCUGUUGGCACCUCGACUUAAAGAAACAUCCAGAAUUACAUCGAAGUGCUGAUGCGAGUCCUAUCUUGUGUGUGAAGGGUGGGUUAGCUUCUUUUCUGUCAGACACCCAGAAUUGUACAGAUCACAGACAGUUACUUAUCGUAGUUUAUAAACAUGCUUAUGUGGUAAAGCUUCUUUUCAGCUGCCUCAAAUUAUGAAAACAUGAACAUGACAUGAUUAAUGUACGUAUGAAAUGGUGUACAGCUCUUUGUUUAAGCCAUUUUUUCCAUUGCACACUUUUUAUAAAUACUCUGACUCAAGCUGGAGAGUGUAUAUUGGACAGGAGCUUUUUCUGUCCCAUACACACAACAUGAUAAAUGGCACAUCAAGCUUGUUAACCAUUAACAGAACAUGCAGCCAAGGAAUUGGAUUGUAGCAAAGAUGUAGUUUUUACUGUAUGGGCCCAUCACAUCUUAGGCUGUUUUCACACUUGGUCCGUUUUGCUGGUCCGAACUUGAGUGUGAUUAUUCCCCCCUCCCCCUGCCCCCACUGGUCUCCUUUCACAUUACAUUUUUUGGUUGCGAACCCUGGUCUGUUUACGUCAUCAACACGUAAGGAACAUGCAGCUUUUAUUUACCAAUGUCGCUAGGCAACGACGCAAUAGGGAGGCAAAAUGGAAAGCCACACUAGUUUUCUUAUUCAUCUUUUUUUAUUAUGGUGUCAGCACCAAAAUAACCGUGUUCGGCAUUUUCACUAUGCCAUAAAUGCGUCCCACUGUUUGUGAGUGAUGCAAGUUGCGCGGAUAAGAAGGAUUUGCGAAAUGAAUUUGCAGCUUUGCUUGCAGAGCAUGCACGCAUACCCUCAAAGUGAGCGAACAGUGUGGCUACCUGCAGUUACUUCCCGAAUAGUUUUUAGAUGUGACAAGCAAAUAACAAAUUACACGUCAUCAAUAGCGUUUUCUUCCUGGUUUUAGAUCGAAUAGCUUUC